UGUUGAAUUCUACCAAAAUUGCCCAACUUACCAAAGAACUCUUGGAACGUUGCUGAGACCAAUAUAGAACUCUCCGUCUUCCUUUCCAAUUCAUCAGUGCAGGUGUCAUCAGAGGUUUCCGUGUAGGUGAAAUUGCAGUGUCAUAGGCUUUAGUGCCGUCGUGACAAUCGCCCUCAGCAGAUGAAAAAUUGCCCACUCUUCCUGUUCGAUGACCUAACGCAGCUGACCCUGGGAGAAAGGCCAGUUAAAGUUUUAAAUAGACAAAAUUAUUACAAAAUCAGUUGACUUACAAAAAAUGAAUGCUUACUUUUAGUGGACAAAGCGGAGGCUUUUGGAAACGGCCAAACUUAAUAUCUGUAUCUGUACGUGUUUUAGCUUGUUUUACCUAAUAUCGUGUGUUAAGCAGCGCAUAUUCCGGUUGUAUCUCCUUUUUCUCCGUGCAUGAUGGAGAUGUUUACAUGUCAAUAAUUGUCCAAUAUUGCUAUUAGAAAACUGACACGUUAUUGUUAUUGUAUGAAAUACACUAUACGUCUUAGCUAGCUGAGAUCGCCAAUCGGCAACCUUUGUUACCAAAAGGAGAUAAGUUGGACUUAAAAUUUCUCUAUCUUGAACCGUAAUGGUGAGUAAAAUCUUUGCUUUUUGAGCGAGCGCAGCAACUGAAUUUUUCCUGAGUGCUUGGUUCUUCGCGGAGAACAGAUGUUGCUCUCCUUCCUCGCUCGUCUGCUUCUGAUCGACAGAAGCUAUUUGGGUGCAACACAUCUUAAAUUUACAGCCAAUAUUAUGUCUGGUUUCAAUAACUUAGAAACUCUUAUAUAAUUUUGAUAAUGAAAAUUUUAGUUAGACGUAAGAUGCACACACUAACCCCUAAAAUCAUAGUUUUUGUGCCAACUCAAAUUAAACAAGAACGUAUCGAGUGCGGAAUAUUUUUUUGUAAGAACCACUUUGAGGUCUUAAGACCGAGAAAAGUUUCAUUUUUUCCUCUAAUAUAUAUCGAGAGUGACUACUUAAGACUUUUAGCAACUCUUAUUCACACUUUUAAAAGACCAUCGCACCUGCUUCUAUUUGAAUGUAUUCAAACGUAAUCGUCAAGUCUAAAUUUAGAACUGAGUUUGGUGACUUCUUUGUUUCUUUGUCGUAAAACUUGUAUCGAUCAGAGGAAAUAAGGAAAUUACUAAGUACAACGCGAAUUGAAUGUUUUACUAUUCUAAGACAUGUGUCUUUUCUUGGAUCUUCGUAUUAUUUUCAGCUUGGGUAAUGUUUUGACUGGAAACACACAUAUUGAUCUAUUGCUUUUUUGGUUCAUUCACACUUAUUUCGGUAGGAUUACUUCGAAAAAUUCGAGAUGGUUUAGGCGCAAAGCUUUCCUUUAGUUGCUCUCGCAUAUAUCUAAUUAUAAAUGAAAAGAACAGGCAAAUUCAAUAGAAAAAGAGGGAACCUUGCUUUUAUUGACUUCAACUUCACUCCUGCAACUGUGUUUGUUGCGUAGCGACCUCUUCAAAGGUCAUGAUAUUGGCAUUUAUAAACUGCUUCAGGUGAUAAGUUCAUGAAGGUGCAAAGUUAAUCACUGAGGUGAUAUUAGUGGGUCAGUGGCACAAAACAUUGGUAGUGACUUCCUGUAUCACCAAACGUCAGGUUCGUAUUUUCAAAAACCUUGUUGGCCCAGCUAUUGUAACAGAUACGCCUCCUGAAGUUUUAAAAAGUAAAUGAGUCAUCAAAGAUUUAUUUAACGGGGGAAGAUGCUCGCUGAGUCAUUUUUUCGCGUUAUAUGAUAUGCCAUGAAAUAUUUAUGCAAAACUGUAAUUGGAUUUUUCAAGCUUUUUUAGUUACAUCCGACCAUUCUUCAUGUCAUAAACAUCCAAUGAUCAUGAUGUGAACAGAAAAAUGAACUGAACUUAUGAAUACAUUAGAAAUACACAGUUCUUUCGAGUGGCUUUCUCACAUGACAUCGUGAACUAGCGUCUUAAGGGUAAGUAAAUCUUACAGAGACUUGCAAACUAAUCUCUAAAUCUCCUUCCUAGAAUUCAUUUUUGCUUUUAGAGAGCAAUUCAAUUUUCAAAACAUAAUAUUUACAAGUUUUUCGUUACAGUAAUUCAAUCAUUUCUAAUGAAUGUCUUGAUAUGUCCUCGCUGUGAUGAACUUGAGUUUAGUCUAAAUAGUAAACAUAUGUACAUUCGGAUCCCUGUCAACUGCUGAAAAUAAUAACAUUUAACGUGCCUAUCGAGUUGUACAUCACAAGAUUAAAAUUAUUCACUAUUUUUAUUUGCCUACUCCCAAUUCUUUAUUUGUGAGUGCGCAGCUAAUAUUUCGAUAAGAUCAAGUUCCUAAAUCUAAUUUUUCUUGAUUUUCAAUUCCUAUUUUUUAGAGCCUUGUUAUUCUUGUAAAUGCAUGGUUAAUGACUGAAAUAAUAUUUUUAAGAAGAAAGGUCUCAAUUCAGACUGCAAUAUAUAAUAGUCAAGGAAUUAUAUUAAUAUCUCAAUUUUUAAUUCACGCAGAUGAAUAUGUCGACCUCAACAAUUAAACCUGUUGAAAAACCCACGUACUCGGAAGCUUUAGCCGAGCCCGGCCCGGAUUGGCCAGUUGCGAAGACAAUCUGGGGAUUGGCAUGGGAGCUGCAUUGGAUUGGCUUCGGUGCUCUAUUUGGCUUGCUAGCGAUUCACUCCUUAAUUGCUGUAGCGCGAGUGACGAAAAGAAAAGGUUUUGGUCGUAAACCUUUGUUUAUUGCUAUCAACUCGCUGUUGUUUACCCUUGGUGCCACCAGAGCUGUGUAUCUGUUGUUGGAUCCGUACGAGUCCAGAGAAAAUGACGUGGAAGAUCCAAAAUGGCUGACGUUACUUCUCUUUGGAAUCGCCUACCCGUGUUUAACAUCCGCGUUUUGUUUGAUUCACCUGGCUUUUCUUGAGGUCACAAAGAUGAGAAUAGCCUCGAGCAAGCUGCAAAGUCUGAAAUUCUUAUCUGGCGUCAUAAUAAUUCAUUUCAUCAUCGUCUUCACCGCGGAGACAUCAUCGUCCAUCAAGCCAGAAUUGGACGCGCUUUUGAUCGUGUGCCAGUCGUUCUUCAUUCUCUGGGGCCUGCUGCUCUCUGGCAGCUUCAUCUACAGCGGAUGUAAGCUGAUAAACCACGUGGAAAACGUCCAGGAGCAACUCAGUGCUAUCGAGAGAAGGGCGCACCUGCGGAACAAACAGCAAAGACACAGCACGACUAAAGUGGCCAAGAUCACGCUUGGAACCAGCUUCUUGGGCAUCGCCGUUUGCGGGUUGCAGUUUUACUCCAUGUUAGGAGUAUAUGGUAUGUACAGCACAGUAGUCCAUCCUUCCCCUUGGCCGUGGUUGGCUUUCCAGUCAAGUUUUCGUCUGGUUGAGAUUAGCAUGGCGUGUACCAUCGCGUACAGUGUGAUGCAACCGGAAGGGCCCAGAAAAAGAAAAGCCAGAAGCGUGGCCGAUGGAAUGGGCAUGUCGUCCAGAGCAAAACCGAUAGAGAAGAAAGCAAUCAUUUUAUAAAUGAACUGAAAUAGAACUAAUAUUCUUCCGUUUGUAAAGUGCGACUGAAUAUUAUGUAUACACUACUUGCAAAAAAUUUCGGACAAUUUUAGUUUGGACGCCAGUUUAAUUUUCGGACACUUUUUUUCUCAAUUCGGACAAAUUUCGGAUCGUAAAAAAUUCGGACACCUUGCUGAAACAUUGCUAAAGUAAAUUUACACGUAAAAAUACGAACUAGACUGGAACAACAACUGUGAAAACGAUAGUUAACUUCUCCCUCAGGUUUAUGAAGAUACACCGACGAGUAAAUGGCAAAAAAUUCUCUCAAGCCGUUAAGUAUCUCAUUCAAUGUCUCGAUUAGAGUUCGCUCCUUAAAGCUCGGCAUAAGGGUAACUGAGACCUUUGGAGCUGUUUAAAAAUUAAAUACUGACUGUACUGUAAAUAUUUUGGACGCUAAACAUUUCGGACGCUCAAAGUCGGAUAGUCUUAUUUUCGCACACACACGUCCAAAAUUAAAAUCGUCUGAAUUUUUUUGCAAGUACUGUUGCUUUUUUAGAAGCGGGAGCUUAGCAAUUUAGAGAUGUGAGUCGGAAAAAAGGCCUGAAAUUUAAACGUGGUUGUUUUUGACAGUGAAGCCUUACCAAUUGUGUAGAAAUAAGUUAUAUGGGGCCUGUGGCUUCUAAAGCCCACUGACAACCUUGGCCUCUUAACAGAACAAUAUGAGCUGAACUUAUCCUUAACUUAAAUGCAGUGGCAAGCCGAAGUCAGAUACCAGAUGCUAAAUUUGAAAGACGUUUUGAUGUGAAGAAUAAUUGCACGUUUUACAAGUCACUUCAGUUUACAUUUAGGGAAAUUAGCCUCACUUUAAUUAGAAGCUUUGAAAGAGGCAUGACGCAGUCAUGGCUUGUGACACUGAAAAAUAAUGCAGUUCCGAUCCGCUAAAAUCGAAGUUCAGUACUGUUAAAGUUAAUUUGUAUAACCUUAGUAAUACGGCGACAAUUGCAAGCAAGGGUACAAAUUCCUUGUUUUUCUUCCAUAUAUCCUCGGGAGUAUUGAGUUCUAUUGGCUUGCUACUGAGUUCUGAAAGAAUGCAUAAUGUAGCUUGAUUGAAAACGGUUACUGCCUUAAAAUGAUUAUUAGCGUAUACAUUAAUAGUACUGUACAACUGGUUCUACCCACCUAACAACUCUGUUAACAGUUAAAUGUUAACAGUUCGAUGUUAACGUUUUGGCUGCCUGGCUCCGCUAGCCCU